GACUCAAAAGAACGAUUACGUUCACGACUCGGCCAUUGCUGUUCUCCAACUCUAAACCCGCCGCAGGAAUGAGCAACGCUCGCCGAGCAGCGGAUACGCGGCCGUUCUAAACAAAUAGCCUGUUUUAAUCGUUCCUGCGGACGUUUAUGCAAAUUCGUAUGACUGACAAGUAUAUAUCACAUGCUAACGUGGGUCGUCAGUUCACUAACCUUAACAUGUAACAGAAUACUCGCUAGUCCCGGCUUGUGAAGCAGGAGUGAAGAGCAAUCAAUCACCGGACACCACCGUUAUUCGUGUUUGUACAGUACAGUGAGCGCUGCUGAGGCAGGGGAACCGCUGCGCUAAUGCUUCCCUGACCACACCGACUCAGCGCUGCUAUUUUAACGCGGUAUCUUGUUUUCGACCAAACAUCAGAUCAGGUUUUAUAGCGGGACAAGAUGUUGCAAGUGUUGAUUUGCGGCGUUGUGGUCUUCCCCGGUCUCUUCUUCACUUUUAGAAAAGUGCUUCCGUCCAUUUUCAAGCAGUGGACAGAUGCCGACGUCGUGCUGGUCAGCGAGAGGCUGGUGUCAUCUAUUCACGCUGUUAUGGCCACCGCAGCUGGAAUCAUCGUGGUGUCCUCGUGCAAAGGCAAUGUAAUUAUGGACCGACACUGGCUGACCACCUAUUUUGUCAUUUGGUAUGGCGUUCCCUACAUGUCAUAUGACAUCUUCGCCAUGUACCUCAGCCAUUACUAUCGCUUCCGGGUCAAAGGCCACAAGGACUAUAAAAGCCACUCUCUACGAACCGUCAACUCAUUUGUGAGGAAAGAGUUCCUGCUGGUCCUCCAUCACAUUGCACUACUCUCCAUUCUACUGCCUGUGACUCUGUUCUUCAGGAAAGACCAGGGUGAUUUCUUCAUUGGCUGUCUCUUCCUCACAGAGCUCAGCACUCCUUUUGUUUCAGUGGGCAAAAUCCUCAUUCAGCUGGGGUUGCAGGAAUGCUGGCUGCACAAGGUUAAUGGCGGCAUGGUGUUGCUUAGUUUCUUCUUGUUCCGCAUCGCACUCUUCCCCUACAUGUACUGGGCCUACGGCUCCCACUACGGCAUCCCCCUCUACAGUGUUCCCUUCCAUCUGCCGCACUCCGCCAACCUGGGCAACCUCUGCAUCCUGUCGCCGCAGGUCUACUGGUUCGUCCUUCUCUGCCGUAAAGGCUUCCGACUCUACAAGCGUCAGCGGGAUGCUCAGAACCAGGUCUCUCCGCUGUCCUCGCCCGAGCCUCUCUCAGAUAUCUCCAAGGCUGAUUAGUGAAGGUCUUUAUCUAAAACAAACAAUCAACCAACGUCACAGCUCAAGGCUACGGCACUGCAUCUACUACUGUUACAGUACAACCAAGACUUCAUGUUAGACAUACCCUUAUUGCUUCUCUUCAUUUUACUCUUCUCUGCUUUACUCCAUUCCACGCACACACUCACAUUUACAUGUUUGACCGUUACAAUGCCCACUCCACUGGAUUUACUGCAGUGACCUCCAGGGAACAUCUUUUAGGUCAGUUAUCGAGGGCCAAGACCCUCUCUUCCUUCUCUGAUUGAAGUAUCUGUUACAGUUUGGACUGAUGUCUUUAAAUGUAAUUGGAAUUAUGUGUUACUUUUUUGUUUUAGAAAUUCUUGUUUUAGAAAUUCUUGCCCCUGUGUGCUUAAAGUACAAAAAUACACUGGUUUAAAGGAGGGAAAUUAUUAUGUGAGUGGCACAGCCAUCAGUAUAAUGAAUUCAUCAGAUUAGUCCCACAGUAUUUCAGGUCACAUCCGAACAACUUUUCACAUCACUUCCCACUCGGCGCAAAGCUCCGAUCACAUGGUAAGCAUUUCCAUGGCUGCAGUGCUGCUGUUCUUGUUUACAG